AACUUUUUUUUUUGGCGACAUUUUUGGGGGAAUUUAUUUCUCGCUUUGUUUGUUUUGCUUCUUUGUAUUUUUUGAACCAAGCCGCUAUUUGGAGGUGUUUGUGCCGCUUCAGCCAAGAGGUUGCUGACUUCAGUCCUGGAGACCCCCUGCCCUGAAGACACGCAAGAUCCAACUGAUCAGCUAAUUAUUAAGUCCUUAAUGAGCUGGAACAGCGCUCUGUCCAGCCGCUCACUCUGGCUUUAGUUCAGACAUGGGAGAUUGGGCGCAGAUGGUCCUGCUCUUGGUGUGCGUCUCCUGCUUUUCCUCUGAGGGGACGGUUUUGGAGUUUUCCACCCUCACGCCCAUCAACAAUGUAGUGCAGGACCCAGCGACUGGCCGAGUUUACCUUGGCGCAGUCAAUGCUAUUUACCAGCUUGACGCUUUCCUUAAGCUGGAAGCCAAAGCAGAGACUGGACCUAAGAAAGAUGCUCGCAGCUGCACGCCCCCGGUGUCCACCUUCACGUGUAUGUCUGCCGAUCUUAAAGACACGAACAAUGUCAAUAAGCUCCUCUUGGUGCACUCUGCGAAUGGAUCUCUGAUAGCGUGUGGCAGCGUGUACAGGGGAAUCUGCUCGCUGCUGAACCUUAGCAAUGUCAAUCAGCAGAUCUACUACAGCGACAGUAAAGGAGAGAGGACGUACGCUGCCAGCAUCGAGGACAGCGUUUCGGUCGUCGGGGUCAUGGCCACGUUCCAGUUCAAAGAUGACUCUGAGAAAAAGCCAUUCAACGUCUUUCUGGUUGGGAAGGGCUACGGCAGCCAGGAGGACAAUCCAAAGCUCAUCACCACAAGGAUCUUAGAGAACUACAAGGAAUGGGUUGUGUUUGAGAGCAUCGUGGAGGCCUCCGCGGUCCAGGCCAUACCCUUUGCACCCAAGUACCAGCACCAAUUCCGCUUUGUCUUUAAAGACUCCGGAUUUGUGUAUUUCCUCUUCUCGCGCACUCAGGGUGGGACCGAUAACAAGAACUUCACUUUCGUGGCCCGUCUGUGUGAAAAGGAUGAAGGUUAUUACUCCUACACUGAGCUACAGCUAAACUGCACUGCAAAUGGCAUUCACUACAAUAAAGUCCAGGCCGCAUAUGUGACUGAGCCGGGAAAGGAGCUGGCUCGCACCAUGCUGAAUUCCGGUUCAUACGGAACCAUCACGGUCUGGGACAAAGUGCUGUUUAUAGUGGCCACUCCAGAUGGCGAGAACGCGACGGACUCAGCUCUGUGCAUGUAUCCAUUGAAGCGCAUUAAUGAGAGAGUGGAGGACAUACUUAGUGCCUGCUACACUGACUUUGGAAAGAUCGGAGGAAGAUCAGCUGUCUAUAGCCCGUACAUAUCCAGCACAAGCAACCCAUGUGCCAAUAGACAUAGUAGGGAAAUUGUGGACCAAAACAGGUGUGGAGCUGAGUUCCUCCGCUCUCCACUGGCCAGCAAGCCCGAGUUCGCCCUGCAAGCAGAGCCGUUCUUCACCAAACAGGCUCGAGGUCACCUGACUGCCGUAGCCAUCGCUGUGGAAAACGAUCACACUAUUGCCUUUGUUGGGAAUGCCAUGGGAGAGGUAUUGAAGGUUCAUUUGUCAAACAAACCAGAGGUGUACAACAGGGUUCCUGGGGACACCAUGGGCGAGCGUGUGAAUAAGAAUCUUUUCUUCGACAAGACCCAGAGUCACAUAUACAUCACUACGGAGAAAAAGAUCACUAAAGUUCCAGUCCAAUCAUGCCACCAGAAGACUGACUGCAAGUCCUGCGUGGCUCAGAAAGACCCAUACUGUGGCUGGUGUGUCCUGGAGGGCAGGUGUACCAGGAGGUCGGAGUGCAGUCGAGCUGAAGAGAAGAACGGGUGGCUCUGGAGCCCCAGACAGCAGUGCGUGAAAAUCGUUUCCUUCCAUCCUCCCAACCUCAGCUGCAAGAGAUCCCAGCAGGUUGAGAUCAACAUUCCAUCGCUGCCAAGCAUCAGAGACUUCGACAAGAUUCACUGCACGAUCGGGUCAUCCAGUAGUAAAGCUACCAUGGUGGACUCCAUGGUCAGAUGCAGCCUGCCGCCUCCUAACCGGCUUCCUCCUACUCCUCCACAGCAAGAUUCGGUAGCAGUGCCGGUGAGGAUCUUCGUGAACGACAGCGUGGAGGUGGCGUCCCGCGACUACGAGUUCUACGACUGUGCAGCAGCGGUGCGCAAAGCGGAAAAUACUCCGUGUAUAGCGUGUGUGAGCAGACCGUGGGCGUGUCAGUGGAAUACCGCCGAUCACACGUGCUCGGAUAUGAAUGAUGCCGAAACGGGGCCUAAUAUUAUCAAACACAGACAGAUUAAGAAAUGUCCACGGUUUGAAAACCCAGAUCCCAUCCUCAUCCCAGUGGGGUAUAAGACCCGCAUCAGUUUCGAAGGAGUUAACCUGGAGCCCUACAGGGGCAGAGAGUUCACCAUCGGUACAGACCUAAUGAAACAGUUUGAAGAUGAUGUGAAAACUGAAGAGGGUCCGUUUUUCUCGUUCAGUGGAUACAUGUUUUCAUAUGAUAAGGCUCAAGAGACCAGCAUCCAGUUCCAUAUUAAAGACAAGCACUCAGAGAAGAAGAUCGACAGCACACUAAAUGUAACGCUGUAUAACUGUUCGCUUGGCCGGGAGGACUGCAGUCUGUGCAAGAACACAGACUUUAAGUACAACUGUGUUUGGUGUGCUCGGUCCCGCUCCUGUGUGUUUCAUAAGCUGUGUCCCAGCGAUGAGGAGCAGGAAUGCCCAGACCCUGUCAUCUCAGCAAUAAGUCCACGCUACGGCCCACUGAAGGGAGGCAUUUCAGUCACUAUUACUGGUUCUAACUUGGGCAUUCACAAAGAUGAUAUCAAGAGUAUCUCUGUAGCAGGUAUUCCCUGCAUCCAUCAAGAGGAGAAAUACUCAGUUUCCACCAGCGUUGUGUGUGAAAUCGGGCAAGUGAGCCACCGAGGCCCACGCGAAGGACUGGUGACGGUGGAGGUCAAAGGAGAGAAGAAGAGCAAAUCCUCAGUCUUCUUCAACUACAGGGACCCCAAGCCCGAGGUGGUGCAGCCCAGACGCGGUCCCAGAGCGGGAGGAACAAUCAUCACCAUUACCGGCACUGACCUCGAUACGGCUUCGAAAGAAGACAUUGACAUCUCUGUGGGUGGAGUGGCAUGCCCAGUUGAGAAUUUUGGAAAGCAGAUUACGUGUAAAGUGGGGCAGUACAGUAAUGAAAAAGUGCCCUCUGACCCCCUGCCUGUCACUGUGCACUACGGGAAACACACCAGCAUUCAGGUGCCCUCAUUCUUCCAGUUCUCCAGCAACCCGGACAUUUCAGACCACCGACCCAAAAGCAGCUUCGACUGCGGCGGGAGAAAGAUCCGAGUGAUGGGUUCUGGUUUCGACCUCAUUCAGAAAGCCACCAUCAUAGUGCAAACUUCAGCUGAUGAGUGGUCUGGACCUCACACGCCUAUGGAGUUUAGUCAGGAGGCCCACAGUAAGAACGACACUGUGCUGCAGUUCCUCUCCCCUGCCAUCAACAGAACAUACGAGAGCCAGUCUUUCAGAACCUUCAUCCAGCUGGACAACCUGAUUGAGGAGCUGAAGCCAUUCGAUUACCACUCAAACCCCUCCUUCAACGAGCUCCCGAACAAAGUCAUCCCAGAGAACAGCAUGAUCAUUGUCACGGGUCGUGGUUUUUCCAAAGCCAUGACAGCGAAGGAAGCGGAGGCAUUUGUGGGUGACGUGUCCUGUAACGUGAACACGCUUCAGGAUGAUAAGCUGUUCCUGGAUCCACCCACCACCACCCCAAGGUCUCGUUCCAAGAGACAGCGCAGAGACACGACAUCUGAACCGCUAGACCUUCUGAUUAAGUUUGGUAAUGGUGAGUGGGUGGUUGGCUCGGUGCACUACGAGAGGAAGUACGAGGUGAAACUGGAUACGAUUAUUAUCCCUGCAGUGAUCGUCCCAAUGCUCCUGAUCAUAGCGAUCUCCAUUGUGUGCUACAGGAGGAAGAGCCAGCAGGCAGAGCGGGAGUAUGAGAAGGUGAAGCAUCAGUUAGAGAAUCUGGAGGAGAGUGUGCGUGACCGCUGCAAGAAAGAAUUCACAGACCUGAUGAUUGAAAUGGAGGACCACACAAAUGACAUAAGCGAGGGACGAAUCCCAUUUCUGGACUAUAAAACCUACACGGACCGUGUGUUCUUCCUACCCUCAAAAGACGGAGCCAAUGAUGUCAUGAUCACCGGCAAACUGAAUAUCCCAGAGUCCCGCAAAGCCAUAGUGGCUCAGGCUCUUAAUCAGUUCUCCAACCUGCUCAACAGCAAGACCUUCCUCAUCACUUUUAUUCGGACUCUGGAGGCUCGUCAAGACUUCAAUGCGAGAGCGAAGGUGUACUUUGCAUCUCUGCUGACCGUGGCCCUGCAUGGGAAGCUGGAAUAUUACACGGAUAUCAUGAGGACAUUGCUGUUAGGGCUUAUGGAGGAGUAUGUACAGAGUAAAAACCCUAAACUGAUGCUGCGCAGGUCAGAGACGGUAGUUGAGAGGAUGCUGUGUAACUGGAUGUCGAUCUGCCUCUAUCAGUUCCUAAAGGACUCUGCAGGAGAACCUUUGUAUAAACUCUUCCGAGCCAUAAAGCAUCAAAUAGAGAAAGGUCCAGUGGAUGCCCAGGUGAAGAAGGCGAAAUACACACUCAAUGACACAGGCCUGCUGGGUGAUGAUGUGGAGUACUCCAUGCUGACCCUACAGGUGUUGGUUCAGGGUGAGGGUCCUGACAUCACUCCGGUGAAGGUGCUGGACUGUGACACUAUUUCUCAGGUGAAAGAAAAGAUCAUUGAGCAGGUGUACAAGAACCUACCCUACUCACAGAGGCCCAAAGUGGAUAGUGUUACACUUGAGUGGCGCCCUGGCUCCACAGGGCAGAUCCUGUCAGAUCUUGACGUGACCUCGCAGAAAGAAGGCAGAUGGAGACGCCUUAACACACUAGCACACUACAAUGUUCGAGACGGUGCCAUGCUAAUCCUUUCCAGGGUUUUACACACACAGCAGUCCUAUGACCAAAACCACGACAACCAUGAGGAGAGAAAUGCCCUGCUAGAGGACGAUAAAGUGUUCCAUCUGGUCAGGCCGGCUGAUGAGCUGGAUGACGUGAAGUCAAAAAGAGGCAGCAUUAAGGAUAAGUCCAUGACCAAAGCCAUCACAGAGAUCUAUCUCACUCGUCUGCUCUCGGUCAAGGGCACGCUGCAGCAGUUUGUCGAUGACUUCUUCCGCAGCGUUCUGUGUUCAGGAACUGUGGUGCCACCUGCCAUCAAAUACUUUUUCGACUUCCUAGACGAGCAGGCCUUCAAACACGAAAACGUCGACGAGGAGACCAUUCACAUCUGGAAGACUAACAGUCUCCCGCUUAGGUUCUGGGUGAACAUUCUGAAGAACCCUCAUUUCAUCUUCGACGUCCAUGUGACAGAAGUGGUUGAUGCUUCGUUAUCGGUCAUUGCACAGACCUUCAUGGAUGCCUGCACUAAAUCCGAGCACAAACUCAGCAGGGACUCCCCGAGCAACAAACUUCUCUAUGCAAAGGAGAUCUCCACGUAUAAGAAGAUGGUGGAUGAUUACUACAAAGGAAUCCGACUCAUGGUGCCAGUCAGUGACCAAGACAUGAACACACACUUAGCUGAAGUGUCCCGGGCUCACACCGACAAACUGAAUACACAAGUCGCCCUCCAUCAGCUGUACCAGUACGCCAGCAAAUACUACAAGGAGAUCAUCCUGGCUCUGGAUGAAGACCCCGCAGCUCAGUGUAAGCAGCUCACAAUGCGACUGCAGCAGAUAGCCGCCGCUCUCGAGAACAAAGUGACGGAUCUCUAACCCGCCCACAGAGAGAAAGGGAUCGACGUGGAACGAAACCGCCGCCGGUCUCGUCAGUCUCGAGUCUCUGGGGCCGAAGAAAGGAACAAUUAAACAAUAGAAGUCCCUUGGUGUGUAAUUAGCCUAUAAAUAUAAUCAGAUGUUGAAUUUCUUCCUGUGUAGAGACAAAAAAAAAAAGGUUUUAAGAAUUGUAUUAUAUAUUUUUUUUAACGUGCAGGUCUUUAUGCGGAAAGCUUUAUAAGGGAGAAAUAACUUUUUAAACUGACAGCCUUGUGUUGAUUUUGUUUAUAAAGUGUCUGUAUUAAUGUAAGAUGUGUUUGGGUGUAAGUGUGUGUGUGCGUGUGUGCGUGUGUGUGUGUGUGCGUGUGCGUGUGUGGAAGUGAGUUGACUGCCAAUUGCUCACACACAGGAUGCCUAAAUUCUGACCAAAAGGGAGCUGCUCGGUCAUUGAGCACGGUUUUGAGUGUGUGUGCACGCAUGUGUAUGUGUUCACCUUGAAAUCAUGACUUAUGCAUUGCUCAACCAAACAUAAUCAAACACAUUCGUUACAAGCACAUAGAUGGUUUAGCCAGCAGGGCCGACUUGUGUUUCCCUACUGAUUCUAACAUCCUGAACUUUUGGUGUCACCUUAACCAGAGGAAACACCAAAAGAGCCAGCAUUUUGAUCCA